ACCACCCACCCACCACCAAUACCGUCCCCAUAUACAUGAGCAGGCUGGGACCCUUCACUGCUGCCCCCAGGGCCGUUUCAAACCAACGAAGCAGAACAGCAAAAGCUUGACAGACAGAACAAAGACGUGAACCCCUCCACCUGCACCUGGAAGUGCCCCUGCUUCCCACUGAGGGCACCGCUGGCACUCACAUCCCUCCCCCCGUGCUUUGUUUGCUCUCUGGCCUUAUCAAACUGAUGCAGAACCUCUGACACACAAUCUUUGCCCAACGGCGAGUUAUGUAUUGACAAAUAAAGAACGCUGGGAGGGUAACGCCCAUCGCCACUCUCACUACUUGGCCGCCCGCCUGCCCUUGUGCGGCCCUUGGUUGUAACGCAGCUCACCAGCAGAGCUUUAAAAGCCUUGCAUUGAGUGUUACAUGCUCAGGAAUUUCUUUAAGUUGUCCUAUGGGCCGGUACCUCAGCCCCAUUGGUGGUCAUUGGUGGCCGUUGGCAGCCGUUGGUGGCCCUGCCACCGUCUCGUGCCUCCAAAGGAGGAUGCAGCCCUGGCUGCUCGCUGCCUCCAUGCUGCUGUUAUGGGUCCUGGCCAGCACCGUGCCUGCUGUGGUGGACCCAUGGAUGUCCUGGGAGGUCUUUGUUGACUGCGGACGGCGGCCGCUCGUGGAUGGAGUGCUGGGCUCCAGGAUUGUGGGAGGCCACAAUGCCCCGGCCGGAGCGUGGCCCUGGGCCGUCAGCCUCCAGGUGCAUCUCGUGGGGGUGGAAUUCGCCCACGUGUGCGGCGGAGCUUUGGUCAGUGAGAACUCGGUGCUCACCGCCGGUCACUGCGCGAUGGGACGGAUGGACCCGUAUUUUUGGAGAGCCGUGCUGGGCACAGACAACCUUCGGAAACGCAGCAAGCACGCAGAGAAAAGAAGCGUCGCCCACAUCUCCGUGCACCCAGAAUUCAACAGCGAGACGUUUGAAAAUGACAUCGCGUUGUUCAGACUCGGUUCUGCCGUGCCCUACAGCGACUACAUCCAGCCCAUCUGCCUCCCCCCCGCGCACCCUCACCUGUACUCCGACAACGAAACCAAGUGCUUUAUAAGCGGCUGGGGACGCAUCACGGAGAAAGGCAGAACCUCGGCUGUGCUACAAGAGGCAGAAGUGGAAAUCAUCCCUUCCCACGUCUGUAACAGCUCCGAUGGGUACGGAGGCCUGAUUCACGCCAACAUGAUCUGUGCUGGCUCUCCAUCAGGAGGCGUCGAUUCCUGCCAGGGAGACAGCGGAGGACCUUUAGCGUGCUACAACCCCACUACCAACAAGUACUACGUGAUGGGCAUCACCAGCUUCGGGAUGGGCUGUGGCCAUCGAGAUUUCCCCGGGAUCUACGUCCGUCUGUCCCCAUACAGGAGGUGGAUCAAGUCCCAGCUUCUGCUGAGCAGCGCGGCCCCGACUCCUGCCAGCAUUAGCAUUACACUCACCCUGGCUGCCAUAGGGAUGGUGCUCCUCUGUACUUCCUAAUGCGAGAGCAGCGUAGCAGGGCUCGGCCUGUCCGGUCAGCUCACGAUCCAGAAGGAAUCUCGGAGCAAAAGGAGGCAUUUGUGUCCAAGCAAUCUGCAUGUGUGUACAACAUGUAAAAAAAAAAAAACCAAACAAA